GGCUGAAAGGGACUUCUAAUGGUCAAAAUAGCUAUCUACAUCAGGUUUGACUUGACUUUUUUUUUACGUCCCGCUAGAAUUACUUUAAAGAAGUGGUGAGAAAAUUUUCAGUUUAUGAAUAUUCUACAAUUUUACUGUACAUAUGGCAACGGUAGUCUCUAAUCUCAGGUGUAUAUAUAACCUGCAAAUUUUAAAUAAAUAACUUAAUUCUUCUGUGAGUGCAAUCAAAAAUAUGAACACAAUGCUAAAUUGUUCGAAACGAUUGUAUUGCCAACGAGUAGCCCAGGCACUAAGAAGUAGGAAAUCAAGAUCACAAAAGGAACAGGUGCAAAGAUUUAUAGAUUUUAAACGAAUAAAAACCCAAGGUGGUUCUGGUGGUAAUGGUUGCAUCUCAUUUCUUCAUUUAUGGAGCAAUGAUAAAGCUGGUCCUGAUGGAGGUAAUGGUGGCAAUGGUGGUCAUGUAAUUCUUAAAGCAACCCAUAGCAUAAAGGACCUCAAUCAUGUGAACACUGUGAUCAAAGGUACUGAUGGUGUGAAAGGUUCCAACAAAGAUUGUGAUGGAGAGUGUGCAGAUCACUUGAUUGUUAAUGUGCCAGUUGGGACCAUAAUCAAAAACAAAGAUGGCACUAUUAUUGGAGAUUUGGAUAAAGAGGAGGUCAUGUUUGUUGCUGCAAGAGGUGGUGCAGGUGGUAAAGGUAAUCACUUCUUUACCACUGACACUGAACAGUCUCCUGAGAUCUGUGAGUAUGGUGCACAGGGAGAAAUUAUGGAAUAUACUCUGGAAUUAAGAAGUAUGGCCCAUAUGGGAUUGAUUGGUUUUCCAAAUGCUGGAAAAAGCACAUUACUUCGUGCAAUUUCACGUGCGAAACCCAAGAUUGCACCAUACCCAUUCACCACAUUGAAGCCUCACAUUGGAGUAGUGCAAUAUGAAGAUUAUGAACAAUUGGCUGUUGCUGAUUUACCGGGGCUAAUACCUGAUUCGCACAAAAAUAAAGGUUUGGGUAUACAAUUUCUUAAGCAUGCUGAACGAUGCUCUGGACUGCUAUUUAUAAUAGACAUUUCUACGCCGCAACCAUUAGAACAGCUAGCAACUCUUCAAUAUGAACUGAAAUCGUUUAGUUCUGAUCUUAUCCAGCGACCACAACUUAUUGUAGCGAAUAAAAUUGAUCUGCCUGGUGCCGAGGAUAAUUAUCAUGAACUUAAAGAAAAUACGGCAUUGGAAGUGAUACCAAUUAGCGCAAAAGUGGGAACUAAUGUUGGAUUAUUAUUGCAACGACUGAGACAAAUGUAUGAUAAUGAAAAAUAUUCAAAAUAAGUACACGAGCGUAGAUUUUUAAA